AUGAAGAGGAUUAGAUUUCUCGGAGACUACGGUGAUGGCGGCGGGUCCAAACGCAAGCAAGUAAAGAAAGCUUGUGAUCCAUGCAGGAGAGGAAAACGGAAAUGUAGCCACGGUAUUAGCAACGAGACCCCGGUGCAACAGGAGGGAGUUAGGCGUCAAGUGACCAUGGCCGUGUCGGAUCUGCUAGAUGGCCAACUCCCUGUUCAUCCCGUAAAUGAACAACCGCCCGAAUCAUUCGACUCCAGAGAAAUUGAUAACGACAAUCACCAAGUUUUACCGUCUGCACAGGUAGCUUCACGAUUCACAGCCCCCUUCGCUGGAGCCUCGUCAGCGCACUCCUUCUUCCUCUCUAUUUACACGGCUUCGGGCGUAGAGAUGGAUCCAGCACAGCAACUCCCUCCAUCGCGUAUCCUCCGCCCUUCCUUUCAGGAUAUGAGGGCGCCACCCUCCGAGCGGCGCCCGGGCGUCGCUGCAGGCUACUUACCAAUGGUGGUGAAAGCAGUAUUACCAUAUUUGGAAAUCGAAUGUCUCCAGCAUGAAAUCCACCCUAUACUCCCCAUCGUCGACUUCAACACUCAGGCAUUUGCCAGCCCCAUCAAUCAGGAGAACCCGGCCACCAUCAUAUUAAGGCAGGCUAUCUGUCUGGCCGCCUGCAAGAGCCCAUCGGCUAGGCAGCACCUCAACCUUCCGGAGAUUGAAGAUGGGCAAUUCGCUCUCAAGACGCCUCGUGAUUUUGCUGACAGACUCUUCGGCGUUCUAAAGAUAGCUCAAGAUAUCGGUCUUGUCGACGACAGAUUAGAGCUCGUCCAGGUCCUCGCCUUAAUGACCUUUCAUUCCUAUGGUCCAGAUGGCGAUGACGAAGUUGCCCGAUUAUGCGGCCUAGCCGUCCAUUUUGCUUAUUCUUCCGGGUUACACUACUCCUCGCGGCCUGGGGACGUGAUUUCAGAAGCACGCCGUGUGGAGUUACUUUGCUCCCUGUUUGCGCUUGAUAAGAUCGUUGCCAUGAUAACUGGUCGGCCGACAAUGAUUCACAUUAAUGAGAUAUAUUUACCAGCAGAAGACGACGACGUAAUGAGAUCGUUAUCCCCAGGCCUUACGUUACUAUUUCGUCUAUGUAAGAUGCUUGACCGUGUCCUAGACCUAUAUCAGGCGGGGUCGCCCGAUGAGAUAACAAAAGAAAAUUGCGUUUGGGAAGCAUCGUGGCCCGAGUUUGAAGAAUUGGUAAAAGACUGCAAGGCUCAAAUCCUGCAUCCAUCUACGCAAGCAUGUCUGGAGUUACUAUAUAACGUUAUUGGCGUCAUAUCUUACCGUCCAGCCCAAAUCGAAACUAUCGAACCUCGUAGCUCUGAAAGUACAUCGCCUUUGAUAAUGCAAAGCUCGCGGGUUAGACAUAAGUAUUGCGCUCAGCAAAUAUCACGCCUUCUCGAUCUUCACAUAUCGAAACUUCCCUUCAUCCCGUAUGCAGCAUCUCUGUCCCUGACAGUAGCUCUGCGCAGUUUAAGGCACACUACACUAGAAACCACGAGGAGGGCGGCUAGGGAGGAUGUAGAGAGAAGUCUUAGGAUUCUCGACGAACUCGCGGAGAUAUAUUGGCAUGCGGAACAAGCAAGUGGAGUUGGUCGUCAAUUACUCCAGGCCUAUGAUGGAGAUGUAUAUUAACAAUCUAGUGUUGGCAGGUGGUCCACAUCAUCGUGAGUCACGGUUAUAGCAUCCAGGGAAGGAACGAGGCCCCAGGGCUGGGUAUAUAAACAGACAAGGUCCCGUAGUCCUUUUAGAUUCAACAACGCUCUCGCAAUAUAAGACCAGUUCCACAUCUAGGU